GCUCGGUGAGUGGAGCCGAGUCCGACGGAGGAGAGAAAAGCAACGGAGCACUGAAGUGGAGUAGAAGCUACCACCCCUGAAAAUAGAAGCGAACUUAGCCAGUGUACUUAAGGAAAAAAAUACUUUAUUCAGUAGAAUUGUUGUUUUUAUAGAAUGGCGAAUCAUUCCAAGAAUGUAAUAGACAAGGUUCGAUUGUUUGCGGUAUCUUGUUGAGACACCGAACUCGGAACGAAAGAAAACAACAACACUGGAAAAGAGACGGGAUUAUGCUCAACAUUGACAAUAAAACAAAACUCGUCGACAAGUGGUUUGUCUGGUGCUGAGGGUGAGGACCCAAAAUAUACGUAAAAAUCUGAAAACAAACAUUCGAGAAAAUGUACGCAUGUUAAAUUUUUAACUAGCGUUCAUAUGUGAACUUUAAACACAGGAAACAAUGAAAACCUAGCCAACAAGAACUCAUCAAGUGUUUCAGAGCUGCUAGUGUUAGCUCGGCUGUCUUGUGGCGAGCGAAUGUGUUGUAAAGCUAAGUUAGCUGUUGGCUAAUGUUAGCCGUCUAGCUAGUCGCGGUUUUGGGAAACUUUUUCGUGUUGUUCCUCCGUAGCCCGAACACUGACGGAAUAGUCUGAGAACGGAGGGGAAGGGCAGGUUCCCUUCUGGACUUUUUCCCCUCUGCGUAGUUUUUAACAUGAUGGCUGCAGAGGUCAGCAGUGAAGACACGAGUUCGGUCACGACAGGGACAGGGGUGGCAGGCGGAGGAGGAGGCCCCGAGACGGCCCCUUUCUCCCUCUAUCCGAAGUCGAGCCGAGUGCGAGUGAGUGAUCCGGGACCAGGGCCAACAUCGUCAGCCGUUCGGCAGCAUUCAAACACCUCUCCGGACUCACUUUCUGUCAUUAAUGUGGGCUAUCCCAUGCAUGGUGGGGAUAUGACGGGACCAGUGUUGCCCGCACCAGGGAGUAGCGGAAAAGAAGGUGGACAUUAUGGUUUUCUAGGAACAAACUCCGGGACAGUGGGCGGCAUGUGCUACUCUUCUAACUCGGAGGCACCAACUAGCCAGAUUUCACCCACAUCAUCAGGUCCGGAUGACCCCGCUCUCUUUCCUCCACUGCCGCCACCUCCUGCUUCUUUGGGCUGCGGGGGUCUCGGCGGCACCAUGGAUGAAAGCGACAUACAGGAUUUGCCGGAACAGGAUGACGACGAGGUGGAGUUUCCUCUCUCUGCACCUCCCACAAACCAGUGGUACCAUGGCAAACUAGACCGAACCAUCGCAGAGGAGCGUUUACGCCAGGCCCGGAACGCUGGCAGCUACCUCAUCAGGGAGAGUGACCGCCGGCCCGGUUCCUUCGUACUGUCUUUCCUCAGUAUGACCAAUGUGGUCAAUCAUUUCAGGAUUAUCGCCAUGUGUGGGGACUAUUACAUUGGUGGUCGGCGCUUCUCUUCUCUAUCAGACCUGAUUGGUUACUACAGCUAUGUUUCUUGCCUUCUAAAAGGAGAGAAACUGCUAUCACCCGUGGCACCUCCUGAGCCGGUAGAAGACAGGAGGAGAGUCCGGGCCAUACUCCCGUACACCAAAGUGCCAGAUACUGAUGAGAUCAGCUUCCUGAAAGGGGAUAUGUUUAUUGUUCACAAUGAACUGGAGGAUGGCUGGAUGUGGGUGACCAAUGUUCGAACGGAGGAGCAAGGACUCAUUGUGGAGGACCUGGUGGAAGAGGUGGGCCGGGAGGAGGAUCCACACGAGGGGAAAAUCUGGUAUUAUGGAAAAAUCACCAAGCAAGAAGCGUACAACCUUCUGAUGACCGUGGGCCAGGUGUGCAGUUUUCUCGUCCGGCCAUCAGACAACACACCCGGGGACUACUCCCUGUUUUUUCGUACCAGUGAAAACAUCCAAAGGUUUAAGAUCUCCCCAACUCCCAACAAUCAGUACAUGAUGGGAGGGAGGUACUACAACAGUGUUGAUGACAUCAUCGACCAUUAUAAGAAAGAACAGAUUGUUGAAAGAUACAACCUGAAAGAACCAGUUUCAGUACAGCACCAGGAACAAGUACUUCCUGACACUGUGGAUGGGAGAGAGAUUUAUAACACUAUAAGGCGCAAAACAAAAGACGCUUUCUACAAAAACAUAGUCAAAAAAGGCUAUCUCCUGUUUAGCAAAGGAAAAGGAAAAAGGUGGAAAAACCUUUACUUCAUCCUGGAGGGUAACGAUGCACAGCUCAUUUAUUUUGAAAGUGAGAAAAGAGCAACCAAACCCAAAGGGCUGAUCGACCUGAGUGUGUGCUCCGUGUACGGCGUCCAUGACAGUCUGUUUGGCAGGCCAAACUGUUUCCAGAUUGUUGUCCAGCACUUUAGUGAAGAACAGUACAUUUUCUACUUUGCAGGAGAGGCCCCAGAGCAGGCACAGGAUUGGUUGAAAUGUCUUCAAAAUUUCUGCAGUAACCUAAGAAAAACCACAGCACCCACUUCCAACAAGAGGCUUAGACAGGUGAGCAGUCUGGUGCUGUAUGUGGAGGAGGCCCACAAGCUGCCUAUGAAGUAUUUCACCAACCCCUACUGUAACAUCUUCCUGAACAGCAUCCAGGUUGCUAAAACACACCCGAGAGAAGGGCAGAAUCCUGUCUUCACUGAAGAGUUCAUCUUUGAUGACCUGUCCAGUGAAAUUAACCGAUUUGAAAUCAGUCUGAGCAACAAAUCAAAAAAGAGCAAAGAAAAUGAUAUUUUGUUUAUGCGGUGCCAGCUAAACAGUUUGAAUAAGGGUCAGAUGAAUGAUGAGUGGUACUCUUUGAGCUCCCACGUUCCUCUGAAGGGCAUCGAGCCCGGCACCUUGCGUAUACGCUCCCGAUACUCCAUGGAGAAGAUCAUGCCUGAAGAAGAGUACAGUGAAUUCAAGGAGAUGAUUUUGCAGAAAGAUUUCCAUGUAAUCUAUGCUUUGGCCCACGUGUGUGGUCAGGACAGGACGUUACUGGCGAGCCUCCUCCUGCGCAUCUUUAGACAUGAGAAGGCUGAAGCAUCCUUAUUAAUGAGACUCAACGACAGAGAAAUCAGCAUGGAGGAUGAAGCCACAACACUGUUCAGAGCUACCACGCUGGCCAGCACGCUCAUGGAGCAGUACAUGAAGGCCACCGCCACUCCCUUUGUCCAUCACGCACUCAAAGACACCAUCCUGAAGAUUAUGGAAAGCAAACAGUCGUGCGAGUUGAACCCUUCCAAACUGGAGAAGAACGAGGAUGUGAACAUGAACUUGACCCAUCUUCUAAACAUUUUGUCUGAGCUAGUGGAGAAGAUCUUCAUGGCUGCUGAAAUCUUACCAUCGACAUUGAGGUAUAUCUACGGGUGCCUGCAGAUGUCUGUCAAAAGGAAGUGGCCCAAUAACACCACCAUGAGGACGAGAGUUGUAAGUGGUUUUGUCUUUUUAAGACUGAUCUGCCCUGCCAUCCUCAACCCCCGAAUGUUCAACAUCAUAGCUGACCCUCCAUCUUCAACAGCAGGUAGGACCCUCACACUGGUGGCCAAGUCUGUCCAGAACCUGGCCAACCUGGUUGAGUUUGGUGCUAAGGAGCCCUACAUGGAGGGUGUGAACCCUUUCAUAAAAAAUAACAAACAUCGGAUGAUCAUGUUCUUGGAUGAGUUAGGGAAUGUCCCAGAGCUGCCGGACACCAUAGAGAGCUUUAGGGCCGACCUGCCGCGGGACCUGGCCGCGCUGCACGAGAUCUGUGUCGCACACUCAGCUGAACUUCGCAUCCUGAGCAAUGAGAGGGGCGCACAGCAGCAUGUGUUGAAAAAGCUGCUGGCCAUCACCGAGCUCCUCCAGCAGAAGCAGGCUCAGUAUGCCAUGUCCAACAGCAACAGGACAGAGUGCACCAUCAUGUCACUGGCUGCUGCCAUCCAGGUAAUGUAAGUUUUCGGGAUUUUCACCUGCGAAUCAUUUAGCCAGACCACGCAGCGAGCCAGCCCAAGCGGGGCGUCGCUCCCUGAGGUGCAUAACGGAAGACUAAAGAGUUCCUACUUGUACUGUGAGCAUGUGGCCUAGAUUCCUGGAGUACAAAUGCAAUACGACGAUUCUUUAUGGAAGAACCGGCUUGCUGCAUAUCUGAAUACUGUUCCUCCAAAGCCCCUUUCCUAAAACCACCUCAACUACAGCAUCCCGAACUUGGACAAAGGAGACUGCAGAUGGUUUUCAGCUCCCCUGUGGAAAUGUUUGACCUGUUUUCCCCUCAUGAGUCUUUGUGUUUAUGGUUGGUGAUGAACAAGAAACCAGACAAUACUGACUUUCUGUUCAAUGACUCCUCUUUUUGGACAACUACAGGAGACCUGCUGUUGGGAGAGAUCCAAAGCACUGAAGAAGCUGUUUUUCUGCUCAUCAGGGAAUUUAAACAUAGCACCUCUAUCCAAGACAACACAAGCCUUAAUUCCCCUUCUGCUCACCAUCCCAUCCUGAUUUUAUGAGCACUCCACCCAAACCACUACAACUUCUUUGUUUAUGAGCCUUUCUGCAGCAUGCAAGCUCCCGAUUUAUUUUUCUAAGCUGCUUUUGUACGUUGGGCUAGUAAAGAUACACGAUGUUGGCGUACGAUAAUAGUCUCAGCUGAGAGUCUGUAGGAUGUAGCAGUAACUCUUUUUGUGCAUGUCUUCACCCUGAAUGACUCCUAAAGUGUGUGGGCCUAAAUAUAUAUGCUGCUCUUAACCAUCACCUGAACUCCCUCUAUGCCUUUAGAUGUACAUGAAAGCUUUGAGACACUGCAAUCUGCCGCCAUCGCAGGCGGCGAUUCGUCAGUAACACCUCUUCACCGACUGUUUUCAUACAAAUCUGCGCCGAAGUCAUGCCAUGCACAGAUUAAUUUAAUUAUUCUAGUAAUCUGGGUCGGCCUGUUGUGCCUCCUGCAGAGCCAAAUGGCUGCAGAGCCUGAAUCUGUGCCAGUCAUAUCUCAGAAGUUUACCAAACAGUUUACCGUAGUUGCACUGGAGAUACCACGGACCUCGCCAGGUGUUAACUGGAGACGGACGAGUUGCAACUGUCGAACCUAACAAUCCCAUCAGCUAUACCAGUACCAGACAUGGUACGGAUGAUGGUUGCAGCAGUGUAGCAUUUCUGUAUUUCAUACAGCUGACACUGAUGUGCUCCUUUUUAUUUUUCUACCUGAAACUAAACCUUUUGCAUCUUAGAUACGAGAACCUGGCUGAAAUAAAACUUACUACAAAUGUG